AACAUCAUCCGUCAAUUACAAUUCAUCUUAAAUCCAACGGGCAAGAUUCAAUCCUAAACUGUUUCCCCACUCUCCCUCCCUAUAAAUUUCCAUUCACCUGACCCUCUGUCACCCGGUGAACCCAAAAGAAGAAAUCAAAAAAGACCCUUUAGCCUUCAAAAAACCAAAGAAAGGUGUUUUUUUUUUCUUUCACCUGUAAAAAUGGCGUUGGCUAGCACUUGGAUGUUGUCGUUAAAGGUACUCUUUAUCUCUAUUAGUAUAUUAGGUAUAGCUUUCGGACUUAAAGUCUCUGUUCCAUUGGUUUUGGAAUUCUCUGUAUCUCAAGCUCCGUUAUUGUGGAGCACCUUCCGUUCUUGGCUCAAGCCUCCCUAUCUUUACGUCAUUAUCAAUGGAAUCAUUAUCACAAUCGCAGCAUCGUCGUGGUUUCAUCAAAACAACAGCGAGAAAGAUCAGAUGGAGCAGAUGCAGCGAAGAUCGAAGAUCUCGGUUGAUCAACGGCCGGCGUUAGAGUACGAGAUGAAGAGUGGCUCAGAUUUCGAUGUGGUAGAACCGAGUGCCUUCGUGUACGAGCCAAAGCAGAGAGGAGAAGAGGUGGAAACGACGGUUUUUGAGGAGAGCAAUGUGGUGGUUGAAGAUGAUAGAGAUGGAGGUGACGAGUUUGCCGUCUCCAAGUCAGAGUGGAUUCCUCCAAGGAGAAUGGAUUCUUCGGAGGUUCCAUCUGUAGUUCUGUUUCCACCGGAGAAACCCCCGGCUUCUUCUAGGAUCGGUCACCGGAAACCUGUUAAAGCCAAUCCUGAAGGUGUCCGAGCGUUGAGGGUGGCGAAGCCAAAACGGCAUGAGACACUGGAGAACACGUGGAAGAUGAUAACGGAAGGGAGAGCAAUGCCGUUGACGAGGCACUUGAAGAAGUCGGACACGUGGGAGCAUCACGGCCGUGAUAUCAAGGUGGAAGCAUUGGCUGACUCGCCUCUGAUGAAGAAAUCAGAAACGUUCAGAGACCGGACCAAUUACCAGCGUCCACCUGUACAAGUGAGCUCUUCUCCGGCUUCAGGAAAGCUGAGGAAAGAGCCGUCGCUGAGUCAGGACGAGUUGAACCGUCGAGUGGAAGCGUUUAUAAAGAAGUUUAAUGACGAGAUGAGGAUGCAGAGGCAAGAGUCACUUAAUCAGUACACGGAGAUGCUUAACCGUGGAUGUUAGCCACUAAUUAUUGGGUGACCAUAGUUAAAUCAACCUUUUUUUUUUUUAAGGAUAGAAAAUAUUUCCUUUCAUAACCAAAAAAAAAAAAAAAAAAACGGAAGAAUGUGUUUUCUCCAACAGGCUUAGAGUGUUGGAGUUGAAAAAAAAAAGAAAAAUUACCCAAAAAUGAAAAAAAAAAAAUGCUUGAUGGAAAAGGUUUGAGUGUGAGUAGGAUCAUUCAUAGGAAUUAAAGUAUUGUAAAUGAAGACAACUAGCAGUUUUCAUAUUUAAAUGGAUAACUGAUAUGUUUUCUAC